AUGGUGGCAUACGAGCUGAAGAAUCAGGCCUCGAUCACAGCCCGUGGCGGGGAACAGGAAUACUCUAUCCAAGACCGAGAUAAUCUUCAACUGCAACGGCUGGGUAAGAGACCUGUUCUCAAGCGAAACUUCGGAAUUCUCUCAAUUCUUGGUUUUAGCUGCACCAUUUUGGGUACUUGGGAAGGUCUUCUCGGUCGGUUCUAUCCCAUCGUUUUUUCGACAUGUCUGACAGAUAACAGUGGUGGAUCUGGAGGUGCUGUUUAUGCCUACAUUUUUGCUUGGGUCGGUACUGCCUGUACCUUUGUUGUAUUGGGUGAAAUGGGAUCUAUGGCACCUACAUCAGGAGGCCAGUACCACUGGUGUGCUAUGCUUGCUCCAAUAAAGCAGCAAAAGUUUCUCAGUUAUAUAACUGGUUGGAUGGCUGUGAUGGGUUGGCAAACUGCCUUCGCAUCAGCUUCAUAUUUAUGCGGAACUGAGAUCCAGGGAACAGCGAUUCUAGCCCAUAAACUCUACGAGCCUGAGGCGUGGCAUGGAACACUGAUUGUUUGGGCGGCACUCGUCGCUGCACUUCUUGCUAACUUAGUCGGUGGGAAAUUCCUGCCCCGGCUCGAAGCUAUCAUCCUGGUAGUCCAUAUUGUCGGAUUCUUUGGGAUCCUCAUCCCCCUGGUCUACAUGUCCGAACACAAGAGCAACGAUGAAGUAUUUCUGCAGUUCCUCAACAGUGGAGAAUUUCCAACACAAGGAAUAUCUUGGUUCGUUGGCAUGACUAGUUGUGCAUUUGCAUUCGCGGGAGGCGACGCCGCCGUUCACAUGGCAGAAGAGGUUAAUAAUGCCUCUGUUGUUAUUCCUCGCGCUCUGAUGAUGAGUGUCGGUAUCAAUGGCUGUCUGGGAUUCGGCAUGUUGCUUGCGAUGCUUUUCUGCCUUGGAAACAUGGAUGAUGCUCUGAACACCACCACUGGAUAUCCAUUUAUUGAAGUCUUCUACCAGGGUACAGGUUCUAUGGCUGGCUCUUUGACCAUGUGCUCAAUUAUUCUUAUAAUUGCCGUCUGCUCGGUUGUAGGUCUCCUAGCAGCCACCUCCCGCCAAUUUUGGUCGUUCGCGAGAGACAGAGGAGUCCCAGGCUGGCGUUUUUGGAGUCAGGUCUCGCCUACCAAUAGAUUGCCCAUGUGGUCGGUCCUUCUUACAACGCUCAUCAGUUUGCUGCUCGCCUUGAUCAACAUCGGCUCCUCGGUCGCCCUGAAUGAUGUUCUGUCAAUGGCAGUUUCCGGUCUAUAUUCUUCCUAUCUUAUCGUUUCGGUUCUACUGCUAUUCCGCCGAAUCAAAGGCGACAUUUCUCGGUACAAUGAUAACGACGAUGAUAUUGUGAAUCUCCCCGGAAAAAAGCUGGUCUGGGGCCCAUUCCACGUCCCUGGUAUUUGGGGUAUUUUGGUAAACGGGUUUGCCGUUAUUUAUAUUAUUAUUGUGAUCUUUUGGAGCUUUUGGCCUACCGCAAUGAACCCCAGCGUGACUGAUAUGAACUACAGUGUCGUUGGUUGGGGAGGCGUCAUAUUCCUCGCUACGCUGUACUAUGUCAUCAGAGCCAGGCACGUUUAUACUGGACCUGUGGUGGAGAUUUCCAUGUGA